AUGUCCUAUGCCUCGCCGUCGCCAGCACCGUCCUCCUUAGCUGCGUCUGCAGGCCAGCCCGACCUCGCAGCGCUCUACCGCGGGAACCUCAUUCCCCUGCAUGUCGUCCUGGCGGGCCUGACUUGGGUUUUGCAUGAUUACCUCGUCACCUUGGAGGACGAGAUUCGAUACAUCUGGCCGCAGCGCCUUAAUUUCAGUAAAAUUAUGUUUUUUUGGAUUCGAUAUUACACCAUUGCGCUAUUGCUCUUCGACGUCGUACAGAUUCAUGUCUUCGCAAGACCGGGGAUCACUAAUAAUAAUUUAUGCGUGGCGAUGGACACCAUCAUCCGCGUUGUUGGUGCCGUUUCCCUCUGGAGUGUCGAGAUCAUCAUGCAGCUGCGGGUCUACGCGUUGUACAACUGCUCGCGACGGAUUGCGGCGAUCAACGUAUUCCUCUUCCUCUGCUCCAUCGCUGCCUUCUUCUGGAUCCUCAUCUACAAUCACGACCACCGCGCCGCUAUAAUCGCCAACGCGAUCCACCUCCCGCUCCCCGGCUGCCCGACAGUGCAUUCAGGGAUUGAAUGGGUGCAGUGGGUCCCUGCGACGGCGCAUGAGGGCGUGCUCUUCGUGUUCGCGCUCGUGAAGACGGGGCAGAGCGUGUGGGCUUUGGUGUGGGCCGACGGUGCGGCGACAGGAGAGAAGAAAUGGACAGGGAAGGGCAGAGGGUACCGCGCGCUGUUGCCGCUGCACACCAUUUUGUUGCGUGACAAUGUCCUCUACUUUUUCGGCGUGUCCGUUUUACUUGUUUUCAAUAAUGCUUGGUCGGUAUACCUUCCACUCAGCUGUUUUUCUCCUCAGAACGUAACACACAUCCCUUGGUUCAGCUACGGGCCAUUCCACGCGGCGAUUGGAAUCAUGACUUCACGGAUGCUGAUCAACCUGCGCAAGGCGGCAGCGCAGGAGAACGAGCUCAACCUGCGCGUCUUCUUCCCCGAUAGAAUGGUGCUUGACACGAACAGCAGUGGGAGUAGGAUGCAGAUUGAGACUGUUUGA